CAAUCUUCCCUCGGAAAGCCCGCGCCUGCAACUUAGAGCUUGGGGCGCUCCAGCCGUUUCCCUGGACGUGCAGCGCGGGGAAGCGUUUUCCGCGACACCCGAGAGCGUGUGGGUUUUCGUAAGUUUACUGAAAGUGAACUUUUUCUCUCGUUUUACGUUGGAAGAUCGAGUGGGACAGAAGAGGCGCAGGCCGCGCAGUUUCCGGAGGACAGGGACUGCGUAGAGCAACCAGGAAGCGGCUGCGCUGGGAGUCGUUCCCGGUUCCCGCUGUGCUCUGGACACUUCUUCGCAGGGUCCCCGCGCCGAGGUCAGGCGCCCUUCACGAGCCCUGCUCGGAGCUAGAACCCGGCUCCGGCCGGCCGUGCCCGAGCUGCCAUGUCUUCCGACUUCGAAGGGUACGAGCAGGACUUCGCGGUGCUCACUGCUGAGAUCACCAGCAAGAUUGCCAGGGUCCCUCGGCUCCCUCCCGAUGAGAAGAAGCAAAUGGUUGCCAAUGUGGAGAAACAGCUUGAAGAGGCCAGAGAACUGCUUGAACAGAUGGAUUUAGAAGUUCGAGAAAUUCCACCCCAAAGUCGAGGAAUGUACAGCAACAGAAUGAGAAGCUACAAGCAAGAGAUGGGGAAACUGGAAACGGAUUUUAAAAGGUCACGGAUCGCCUACAGUGACGAAGUACGGAAUGAGCUCCUAGGGGAUGCUGGGAAUUCCUCAGAGAACCAGAGGGCACAUCUGCUGGAGAACACAGAGAGGCUGGAAAGGUCGUCUCGGAGACUAGAGGCUGGAUACCAGAUAGCAGUGGAGACCGAGCAAAUCGGCCAAGAGAUGUUGGAAAACCUGAGUCACGACAGAGAAAAGAUACAGCGGGCACGUGAACGGCUUCGGGAAACAGAUGCAAACUUGGGGAAGAGCUCCCGGAUUCUGACGGGGAUGUUGCGAAGAAUCAUCCAAAAUCGCAUUCUGCUCGUCAUCCUGGGGAUCAUCGUGGUCAUCACCAUCCUGACGGCCAUCACUUUCUUUGUCAAAGGACACUGAUGCAUCUGCUCUCCCUUGAUAAACAGUGAUCUUGGCUUGUUAUGAGUAAUUAAGACAAAAUGGUCACAUGAAUCAUUCUUUCAUGCUGACAGGCCCCGAGUGGCCCUCUGUCUCUCCCUUGCCACUGCUGAGCUGAGUGCAGAGUGUAGAUGCGUUUUCUAGUCCUGUCUGCAUGAGGGUGGGUUUCCUCUCUGAGAUUGGUCUUUGCCCAGAUUUGUUGAUUUUUGUAGGGAAAGGUGAAUGCUCAUUUGCCUUUAGGUAACUUCAUGUGCUGUCCAAAAUCGCCUUGGUAACACCCUUCCUUGCCUUGUGGGCAUGCCUAGGGUCCUGGGCUGAGAGAGGCAUGAUGACUCAGUCACAGGAGCGUCUGUGUGUCACGUACCUCUCUCUACCAAACAGGCUUUCUGAGCUGUCCAUGGAUAAAAUGCCAGAAAAAUCAGAGGCCAGAGCCCCAGGUCAGCCACGCCCUUUCCCAUCGUAGUGAGUCCGGCUAUUCUGCCUGUGCAACUUCAUUGCAAAGGGGUGGAUUUACUGUCACCUGUCCAGAGAUGUGACUUAGUGUUUUUCCUGGCUUUUUUUAUUGCACACAUAUGUAUGUGUAUGUAUAUUUUGCCCAAGAGUUUUUUUUGCUGAAGCUGCUCAAUGCCCACUUUUCCCAACUUUGGUUACUGGCAACAAGAAAUAUUCCCCUGUCUUCCUCAAAAGCCAUUCUCCCCAGAAUUUGCUGGCAGCACAAGCAUUGGCACAGUAUUUAACUGUGACCACAACUCCCCUGGCCUGUUUCUGGCCUGUUUCUCUAUCUUCUCAGUUUUAAUGUGAGCUCAGUCAACAGCAGCCCUCGCCUACACAAAAGGUCUGAGAAGGUUCUGGCCACAUCCCUUCCAGUACCAGAGACAGCAAGCAUGAGCCUUCCAGAGAGCCAGAGCAGGGUCUGCUGCUGUGACACGUGCUAUGCGGUGACAACAAUGGGCGGGUCCACUAGGAAAACACAAACAAGCAAACAAACAGGGGCCCUCGGUGGGGAGUGCCCACUAGCCUCUUUCAAAGAAUGAAUUGCAGACCACUACACAAGAACCACUUCCAUUUUUAGAGACAACCAUUUAGCAAAGCCUGCCUCAGUUCUCCAUGCAUUCAACCCUCUAGCAUGCUCCGUCAUUUUCUUCCCUUUCUUUUUGUCUGGGGUAACUGGGAAUUGUGUUCAAAAUUAGUUCAUUUGUGAUCAGGCUUAAAAGUUCCCAAGCUGAGGUCACUUCCCCUCUAGUCAUGAAGCAAAUGUGUUCCUCUUCAGACAUCGUAGGCCCUUACAGGGCUGCAAGCACUAUCUUCUUAAUAUAAUUGGCAGCUUUGAAUUCUUGAAAAGCCAACCUGUUCUCUUCAUAAAAAAUGCUAACCACCUGUGCUCAUGGAGUAAGAUCAUGCUGCAGUUGAUCUCCCACCACACACACACACACACACACACACACACACACACACACACACACUCAGAAGAGAACCAUUAUAGUAGAGAAGAAAUACAAUACAAAAUCCACCAGAGGACUUAUGCUCGUGGAAACAGGCAAGGCCUGUAUGUGUUCAGAUGAAUCAUUUAUUAUUGUGUAAAUAAAGGUGUAGUCUCUGUGUUUGGAAGGAUGGCGUGGGAUUUGGGCUGAACAAAGUAGGACAGCAGAGGAGACAGGCUGGAAGCUGCGCUACCUUUCCUGUCAGCUAAAGGGACCAGCUCAGCAAGAACCUUUUAUCCUGAUAACUGAAUUCUGGACAUCCUAAAUGUAUCAAAGAAACCAUUAAAAAGCAAGGAGACAACCUGGGUCUGCAGUGUUGAUGCUGGUGGAGGAGGUCAAGGCCUCUGGUGGCCUCUUCGGAAAUACUGGUUCUUAGUUAAGAGUAUACCUGAGUCCUGAGCCAUCUCUCCCACUUUCCUCUGUCCUCCCAUGUUGCAUUUUCCCAAAGCCACCUAACAGGCAGGCUGAAGCUGAGCACCGGCUCUUGCUGGCCUCUAAGUAGUUCACCAAAACCUGCAUUCGUGCUGAAGUAGAUGAAAUGAGAAGGAAGGGAGGCAUCUGCCACUCGCCUUUCUGACUCUCUGCCUGGUGUUCUCUUGGCGAUCGCCAGUGAUAUUGGCCCAGCUCAACCCUGGCAGUGGAAAUCUGUGAACCAGUAAUGCUUGGGCUAACAGCUCCAUCACAUCCCCUGAGAGUGGCCGCCCCAUUCAGGCCAGGCCCACCAAGGGUGGGAACUGGUCUAAACAUCCCUUGUCAGCCUUGUGUCCCCCUGAUGUCAUGGGAAGAACACAGAAGAGCCCUGGAGCCGGGGCGAUACCCUCCCGACCUCUCUGACCACCAAGGACGGGCAAAGGCGCACUGCUCUGAAGCAGGUGUCUGUGUGUGGAAGGUUCUAGGUUCUUAUUAUGUAUCUGUCAGUUGUUGAGUAUUUGUGAAGUUGGGAGCCUUUGUUUAAAAGUGCUUGGGAGGUGAGGGGGCUCGAAAUGACAGCAUGGGGGAGGAGGAAGAGGAGGAAGCCCUUACCAUAUAAAAUUCAUGCAGACUAAACAGUUUCUCUGACGGUAUAAAUAAAGUGGAAGCAACCCUGCUCCAGAAUCAAAAGCAA